GUGGGGGAGGUGGGGUUGGCGCUGAAGCAGGAUCCGGCUCCGCUGCUGUGUACCCGAGUGGGUGGGAGUCCGCUGGUCCCGGAGAGGAGUACCGACUGCAGGGCCUCUACAGACCUUACUGCAAAGAUGAAACUUGAUGAAACUCCUAUGUUUGACCCAAGUCUCCUCCAAGAAGUGGACUGGAGCCAGAACACAGCUACAUUUUCUCCGGACAUUUCCCCAACACAUCCUGGAGAAGGUUUGGUUUUGAGGCCUCUUUGUACUGCUGAUUUAAAUAGAGGAUUUUUUAAGGUACUUGGUCAGCUGACAGAGACUGGAGUUGUCAGUCCUGAACAAUUUCUGAAAUCUUUUGAGCACAUGAAGAAAUCUGGGGAUUAUUAUGUUACAGUUGUGGAAGAUGUGACUUUAGGACAGAUUGUUGCUACGGCAACUCUGAUAAUAGAACAUAAAUUCAUCCAUUCCUGUGCUAAGAGAGGAAGAGUAGAAGAUGUUGUUGUUAGUGAUGAAUGCAGAGGAAAGCAGCUUGGCAAAUUGUUAUUAUCAACCCUUACUUUGCUAAGCAAGAAACUGAACUGUUAUAAGAUUACCCUUGAAUGUCUACCACAAAAUGUUGGUUUCUAUAAAAAGUUUGGAUAUACAGUAUCUGAAGAAAACUAUAUGUGUCGGAGGUUUCUAAAGUAAAAAUUUUUAAAAACAAUUGGUAAAGGAGCUAAUGCAGUAGUGCUAUAUACCCUUUCUAGAGUUAAAAUAAUUUGCUGCAGUCCAGUGACCUUCACAAAUACUGGGUUGAAAAAACAUUGUAAUACAACAAAUAUAAUGACAUUUAGAAGAUUACUGUGGGUUGGUGGGACAUCUGUGAGUUUAGAUUACAAAUGAGUAUUAUAAAGAGGAUGAUUUUUAACCAAAGGAAUAUAUUUUUAACUUGAAUCUUUUCUGGCAUUGUAUUUUUCUAAAGUUUGGCUUCAUUUCUUGGUAGUCACAAUAUAGGAGUUCUGUAUUUGCUACCGGUACUGCUCAUUUAAAAAAAAAAACCAUACAAUGAAUAAGACUGUUUCUUACCACAUUCAUAAAAUUAAUACUUUUGGUUCAAAGAAACAUCUAAAUACAAAUUAAGGGUGUGUUGUUUCCCAUAUAUUACUUGAAAUUGGUUAUGUUAGAGAUAUAACUAAAUGUAGUACAUUCCAACUGUACUAAUACUGUAUUGGCAAAUAAUCUGGUCAGCCUUUUAAAACAAAUGAAAAUUAAAAAUGUGACAGGAUUCAAAGUAAAACAGUUUAAAUGUACAUCUAAAGGUUUGUAUAAUUCUAAUGUAGGUACAGUACCACCUGUCUUGUAUGUGAAAUAUAAUACUUAUUCAAGUUACCUAAGAGCAAAUAUAAGGUACUUUUUAACAUUCAUUAGCAAAUCAUGGCACAUUAUGUAUUUUUAACUUGAAUUCUCAUCUUUUCAUGUGUGUCUGAAGCCUCUUCUGAGGAACAUUUUUAUGAAAAAUAGAUUAUAAAAUUGAGUGGAAUAUUUUAAAAAUGUAUAUUUGUUACAUUCUUAAAAUGUUGAUGGAGCCUUUUCUAUUUAACAUGAUUUAUAAAGAGUACUAUUGAAUAUUCUGGUCACUAUCCUGUUUUGAUUUUAUUUAUUUUUUUAAAGUUGAAGUAGGUAUGAAAUAUGUUAUUAAUGGUUCUAAUCUUUUG